GUGUUGCAGGUUUCGAGAAGUUUUCUAAAUUAAGAAAAUUGGAAUUCCUCGAUCUAAGUUAUAAUAUGUUGACCAAUAAUAGUAUCUUAUCAUCUUUGAGUGAGCUUCCAUCUCUCAAGCUUUUAUAUCUAGCUGAAGACGAAUUUCAAGCAUCCAGCCAUGCUGAUGGUUUUCAUAACCUGUCCAAAGUGGAAGAGUUGAUUCUGGAUAAAUCUAUCCUCCCAACCAACUUCUUUCAUGACAUUGGAGCAUUGACUUCUCUCAAGGUUCUAUCACUGUACGGCUGCGGACUCAAUGACUCCUUAACACACCAAGGCCUGUGUGAAUUGACACAUCUUGAAGAGUUGGAUGUUGGCUACAAUUAUUUAGGGGGAGCCCUGCCUUCAUGUUUGUCAAAUUUGACUUCUCUCCUAAGCUUAAGCCUCGAUUCAAACAAAUUUUCUGGAGAUAUAGCUCUAUCACCCCUUAACAAAUUGACAUCCCUUAAUUACUUGUCCCUUUCAGACAAUCACUUCCGAAUUCCCUUCUCCCUUCAACCAUUCUUCAACCAUUCGAAACUCAAGCAUAUUUAUGCUGAAAAUAAUGAAUUUUACAUAGAUACCAACAUUGAAUCUUUGGAACCAACUUUCCAACUAAAUACCUUACUUUUGUCUGGUUGUGGAGAUUGUGGAGCAAUUCCAAACUUCCUCUACUCUCAACACAACCUGGAGUAUUUAGACCUCUCGCACCUUAACCUAACUGGAGAGUUUCCCAUUUGGCUGUUGGAAAACAACACAUGGUUGAAGACACUUUCGCUGGUUAACAAUUCUCUCUCUGGAACUAUUAAGUUGCCAGCUCAUUCUCAUAUGAGUUUGGAAAGUCUAGAUAUCUCCAAAAAUUUCUUGGAUGGCCAUAUUCCAAUGGAGAUUGGAGCAUCUUUUCCCAGUUUACUAGAUUUAAACAUUUCAGAAAAUUCUCUUACUGGCAGCACUGCUCCUUCAAUUGGUGAUAUGGUGUUGCUGGAGUUUUUGGACUUAUCUCACAAUAACCUAUCUGGUAGCAUUCCUCCUUCAAUUGGUGAUAUGAAGUCGCUGGAGUUUUUGGACUUAUCUCACAAUAACUUAUCUGGUGGGAUACUUGAGAAGUUAACCAUGGUUGAAUGGCAAUCACUUUUCUGGAAGUAUCCCAAAAAGCUUAUCUAACUGCCCCUAUCUGUUUUCAAUAGAUUUCAGCAAUAACAAUCUCUCUGGUAGGAUCCCGAGCUGGAUGGGAAAUAUGUCAUGCUUGCAAGAAAUUAUCAUGUCCAAU